AUAUUCUAUCAUUCAAUAAUAAUCGUAAACUUCUAUAAACACAAACAUGACAUCUGCAAACGUGAUGCAACGCAUAACAAUCAGCGGGUUUCUCUUAAUCACACAGAUAUUCCAGUUGUAAUUCCAGAGUUGCUUCAUGCAAAUAUUGACAUUCGCAUGCUCGCGUCACAGAAAAAUAUUUAUAAGAGUAUACUAUUCUAAUUUUCGACCUAAUUCAACGUCAGAAAAUUGGCCUUAAUUCGAAUUAAAGUCGCGUGUAUAAAGUCCGUAAUACGCAAAUGCAGCCUACACUACGCUGAUAUUGCGAGACUCAAGUGUGUCUCGAGUAGUAAGGGGGAAAAGGUGCGAAUUGAGAAGUUUCAAGCCUAUGUGUGUAUAGAGAAACGGAAUUUCGGGAAAAAAAAGGAUAGCAACGUUAGUCACGCUGGCUUACCUCAUUGAUGUUUAAGCACAGUGGACGAGUGGAUUUAUAAAUGCACAAUGCGUCAUCAUUCAUCAUUAUGAGAAAAGACCUUUUUUUAGAGGGAGGGGGGGGAUACGAUAGUUUUCGUGAUCGCGAUUCAUUGGACGUCUUUUAAGUUUAUUUUAUCGGACUAGAUUAUCAUAAAGAUUCGCUUUGAGAAUCAAUGGAAAAUUAUGUUUGAUUUGGUAAAACAAUGAUGGUAAAUUUAGAAUAUCUACGAUACAGAGUAUAAAAAACACAAAUAAAAUUAGCUUUCUUUGUAUUACUAAAAAAAUAAGGUUGAUACAUUUUUUAAAACUUAUACAAGUAUUGAUCUUUUUCAUCGAACAAGUUGAAAAUAUCGCACUACAAUAGAAUUUUUCUUCUUUAUAUUAUUCAAAGUAAAACAAUUACAAACCUUAUGAAGUCAUAGGAUUUUUGUGUGAAACAUCAAAAACAGCAGCAGUGAAAGAAAACUCGAAGGGCUGAUUCUAACAUUUUGAAGUCGUGCCGUCAACUUCGAUUAUCGAGAUAAAUCGUAUUAUUACGCUUCUCCGAUUUGCUGAGUGCUCUUCUGCUCGGAUGCGCGCGCAUAUUUACAUAACGCAAAAAUAAUUUUAAUCAAACAAAAUGGCUAAAGAAAGAGGUCUAUUUCAACUGAUUUUCAAAGAGUUCAUUAAAUCCAUUAGUCCAAAAUUUUCAAAACGUGUGCAUGUUGGUACAGAUUAUAUGGGAACAAAGUAUUAUGAAGUCCAUACACCCCAUUCAAUCAGAAGAAAAUCUAAUCGUUACUUUGAACCAGCUAAUAAAGAAGAUUUUGAACAAGAGCUUCCAGCUGAAUGGGAAGCUUGGUUGAGAAACCGCAGACGAGAACCACCAACUGAAGCUGAGGUGAAACAAAAUUAUGAGAUGAUAUUACUUAAAAGGAAAAAUGCAGCAGAAUUAGAAGCUACUUAUAUUAAAGAAACUGAUAGUGUGGCAGUUUUAGAUCCUAAAGGCAAGUCCUUGGACCAGCAUGCUUCUCUGAAUUAUCCAGUUUAUGAUGAAUAUAAGCAAUUUGGACGCAAUUAUCAACCUAAGUGGAAAAAGUAGAUGUUUGUAGAGUAAUUUUAAUUAUAAAUAAUAUUUAUUUUAAAGACUGAAAAAAUUGUGUAAAGAAUAAUUUGAGAAUUAAUUUUGUGAUUGUUUUUCUCACUGUUAAAAAUACAUUAAAUUUUAUUUUUAUGAAUCAAAGGUA